CGCAGCGCCCGCGAUGUUAAGAUGGCGGCGCUUGAUUCAGAUGCAAAGUACAGGAGCUUUGCAGCAGUUACCUUUGAGAUUCGCGGAACGCGAAAAAGAUUGACAUGAAAAGGAAUGUAGCGGGUGCCGGGCAGUAAUGUGAUUUAUUUGCUCUUUUUAGGUCUAUCAUGUGAGGCCAGAGUCAAACUUUGGGCUUGAGACGCGGAGAGUGGGCCUUUUUGUCGUUGAAGUUCAUGGUUAUGGUUAUAAGAUGGCCACCACAGAUGAGGAUCAGCACUCAGAACCUGACUCUGAACUUCAUGAUCUAAGGCAGAAGGUCAGAAAUUUGGAGGAAGAGUUAAGGUCUUGUAAAAGUCAGAUUCACACUUUGCAGCAAGAACAAAGUCACACAAAGAGCUACAAUGAAAAUCUUCGCAAGCAGGUUAAAGAUUUGACUGAAAAAGUCCAAGAAGGAGACAAGGAAGAAACCGGCACAGUUGAUAUCGGAGUUCAGACUGAUCUUUGCAUUUCCCCUCAUUAUAAAGAUUAUUUCCAGAAUGCCGCUCUGGAUUUUCAUUACCACUUGAACAGUGAUCAAAAUGGCAGGAAUGAAGUAUCAGUGCUCAAAAUUCAUGGAGGUUGUGGAAAAGAUCAGACUGUGAUUGAGGCCUCUACUCCGUUUCAAACACAAGCACAGACAAUUAGUUAUACUGAGCAGACUCAAAAAGAGAACCAUCAUUACUCAGAACAGGCUCACAUAGGCAGUCACCAGUACAAAGAGCAGCCUCAAACAGGUAGCCAUGCAUAUAUGGAACAGGCUCAAACAGACAUCCAUCAGUACACAGAACAGGCUCAAACGGACAGCCAUCAGUACACUGAACAGGAUCAAGCAAGCAGUAGGCAAUUCACAGAACAGACUGAAGCAGCCAACCAUCAGUAUACAGAAAAUGUCCAAGUAGAUGGUUAUCAGUACAUAGGAUAUCCUGAGAAAUCAACACACUUGGAUGGAUAUGGAGACCAUUACACUAAAAAUGCAGAAGACUUGGAGAAUACAUCAUUGGCAGACAGUUUGCGUGCUACUGCAGAAGCUGCCAUGUCACAGACAGGCUUCACCUACGAUGAAAGUAGUGGGAUGUAUUAUGAUUACAGUACCGGCUACUACUAUGAUUCGGCAAACCAACUCUACUAUGACCCAAACACUGGAAUUUACUAUUAUUAUGAUACUGAGAGUGGUCUGUAUCAGUUUCAUUCUCAAGUGGAUCUAUUGUCGUACUGUGCAACAGAAACGAAGAAAAAAGUUAAGAAAAAACGAAAAGGAGUGGCAAAGUUUGCUUCAGUGAAAGAGAAGGACACUGAAGCUGGUAUACCGAAAGCUUCAAAUAUUUGCAGGUGCUGUGACCCAGAACAGAGUGAGACAUUGUCAGAAGAACCAGGAAACAAACGAAAAAAAACAGUAGUGGAUGUGAGUGAACAGGAUUCACUCAAUGAGCAUAAUCUAAAUGAUGAAGCUAUCCAUAAUGAAAAUGUUGAAGGGAAAUUGGAAGAGAAGAAAGAGGCGGAGUUUGGAAGUGAACCAGAAGAAGGAGAAAUUACAGCCUCAGAUCAAAGUGGAUAUUCUACAGAUGAAAUGACAGAAGAAUCAAGUGAAGAUCAAGAUGAAAGUGAGAAAGAAGAUGCUCAGCUGUGGCCUCCAUGUAUUCGUGUCAUGGUGGUGCGGUCACCAGUUCUCGAGCCCGGUACACUCUUCAUUAUCACUGCAGUGAAGUCAGCUACAAUUGGAAGAGAGGAGGAUAUGGGCCACACAAUUCAAAUUGCUGAAAUUGGAGUUAGUAAGUUUCAUGCUGAAGUAUACUUUGACCAAGAUCUACAGGAAUACAUGUUGGUAGACCAGGGGAGCCAGAAUGGGACUGUGAUCAAUGGGAACAGAAUUCUCAUGCCAAAACAUAAAUGUGACCCUCAUAGAUUGGAGCACGGUGAUGAAGUGAAGUUUGGGGAGACUGUAUUGUCUUUCCAUAUCCAUCCAGGUACUGACACGUGUAAUGGCUGUGAGCCAGGCCAGGUCAAAGCACACCUGCGUCUCCAUAAAAAAGAAGAAUUGACAGCUAUUCCAGUGAUGAGCAAGCAGGACAAAGAUAAAUUACGACGCCAAGAAUUAAAACAGAUUCAGAUCAAGUAUGGGUUGCAGAAUAGUGCAUAUGAAGGAUGUCAAAUGUUAAAGAACUCAACGUACAAGGAUCGAGCUGCCAAUCGCAGACAGCUUGUUGGAAGUGAUAGUAUCUAUAAAAGAGAUGAUGCUCCUGCUUCAGUCAAUGUGGAAAUCUGUGACAGCAAUAAAGGGAGAAAGAUGCUGGAAAAGAUGGGCUGGAAGAAAGGUGAAGGACUUGGCAAAGAGAGUUGUGGAAUUAAAGAGCCGAUUCAAGUUCAACUUCAUCAGUCACAAGCUGGUUUAGGAGCCACUGAAUCACUUUUCAUUGAAGAUGUACAACUGUUCAGAUCCAACAAACAGAAAAAUUGGGCCAAAGCUAGAAACAGAUUUUCUGAAACUUUUCAACAAACCACAAAUCGGAAAGCAACACCAAAAACAUUGUGGGUUAAAGAUACUGAGAGAGAGUAGACUGAAGACACUGUCACAAGUUGAGUUUUGUAAAUUAAUUAUACCCCAAAGGCACAAGUUUUUAUAUUGUAAAAUAAAAAGCAAAUAUGCACAUUCA